GGAGCCUUGUCAACCUCUUCUGGGUAAUCAACGGCAGUCAUUUAUGCGUCCCCUGUGCCGCGGCCUCACACACACGCCACAGUCUCACACACACGCCACGGCAAUCUGAUUGGUUAAUAAUGUGGAUGUGGGCGUUUCUCCCCGUCUCCCUGGCACUGGUUGGUACGCUGGGGGUCUGGACAGUGUUUGGUAUAGCUGUAUCAAAUCAGUCAGUCAAUCUGACAGUUGAAUUUCCAUAUAUCAGUACCUGUGGCUCCUACACACCACAGAGCUGCCUGUUCUCCCAGAUCUGUAACGUGUGCAGUUUCCUCGUUCUGUGGGUGGUGUGUGUCCGGUAUCAGCAGGUGGUAGACUUGGGUGGUGCUUCUCGUGUAAACACGGCGAGUUUGGUGUUUGGUUUCAUCUCUUCCAUUGGAAUCUCCAUCCUUGGAAACUUCCAGCAAUCAGUGGAGAGAAUUGCUCAUUUGUUAGGAGCAUUCCUGGCCUUUUUUAUGGGUACGCUUUAUUUCUGGAUGCAGGCGUGGAUCACCUACAAGGCAGAGCCGUCCAGUGACCGCAGGUGGACGGGACCUGUACGUAUUGUGCUCUGCAGCGUGUGUAGCAUCCUGGUCAUCAGCAUGACUGUUCUCCAUAACAUUGGGUUUCGUUCUGCAGCAGCUCUGUGUGAAUGGGCUUUGGUUAUGGGGUUUUUUCUCCUGUUUGCCGUUUUUGCUGCUGAGUUCCGUCAUAUUGACUGUCAUCGCCUCACCGUACAGAAAAACACAUUCAACAAAAACUAUGGCAACAGUGUGUUUGGAUUGCAGCCUGUUGCCUAGUGACAAGACACUGUGUUCAGGGUCCACGCAAAGUAAGAACCGCGUGGAGGUUGUUCUUGAUCAUACAGAUGAAGAGAGGAACACACGUAUGACUGAUAAAGGGAAGCUCACCUUUUUGCAAUCAAACCCACAGUAAGACUAACGUUAGGCUCAGGGUUC